UCAUAUAUGUCACUCUUAGCGCAAUUUUCACUGGUAACACUGACGAUCGAGGUCGGCUAGUGAUAUAGGAGACGGGAGGAGAAAGAUGGCGGGUACAAGUGGAGACAGGCGAUCUGAGUGCUGGGAGGUAACAGGUGGUGUGGCGCGUGCAAUCGCGUACAGGAGACUCUUGGUAAGCGAAACAUAUCUAUAUUCUGAUAUUUAUAUAUAUAAUAUAUGGAUAUUGCAGUGACCUUGAGUUAACGGCUACCCUGAGAGAGAGCGGAGUUGAAGAAUUGAUUGAUAUUCUUUGUGUGUAGCUCGAGUUUGAAUGUAACAAGUGAGGUGGCUGGAGUUUAUCGGUUUGAGUUACUGGAGGUUAAUUAUGGAGGCUGAUGGAUGAGCUGUAGGGGUUGUUGUGGAGGCUCGUCGGGGACCACAUGGUCCCCACCUCAGUACUCAUCGCAUGAGGAGAGUAUACAAGUCUGCGGGAUGCACGAUGAGUUCUCUUGUGGAGAUUCAGUUGUGCCGUGCAUCCACCGAUAAUAGCCACGGGACUUGGGGCCCUUCUAAUUUUCCCCGAGAGUGUUGAGGUUACAUUCAUAACAAAGAGAUACGAGAUUGAGAGGAGAUGGAAUUGUGCGCCCAUCGAGUGUUAAUUCAUGGUCGGUGCAAUAGCUAUAUUACGUUGUGCUUUGUAUAUGUGUAGAUCCAUGUAGCGAGGUUAUUAUUACAUCCCCCUGAGAGUAAAUCUCCGCUACAUGUUUUGGUGUAGAUGCUUAAAAAUCUGUCAGUUGCGGUUCACGUGUUUGGAAUGAUGAGAGUUGUCGUACCCAAUGUUGAAAUACAUUCCUUAUGGUACUUGAUUUUUUUUGGUUUGGGUAUGCCCAUGGCGGUGCGUACACAUGGGAUAAUUAUGACCCAUUGUGGUGCGUACACAUAGACAGUAAUAUUACCAAGCCAUGAAGAGAAUGUGCAUAUCGCGAGUUUUUUUACACGGUGAACCGGCAGACAUAGGAAUUCUUGUUUUUAUUUCAUAUUAAUCAGCAUUUAUUUGCGUAGGUUGUGUUAUAAUAUACCGUAUAAUAUAUACCGUGUUUGAAAAUAAUUAAUACGGGAGCGGUAAUUACGCUUUUUACUCUAGCGACACUGAAUUUAGUCUCUGACCACGUUCAGAAACACGCCAAUGUUUACGUUUUCGGUCAAAUUCAUAUACAAGUUUAUUUAGUAAAUUUGUCACUCAGCGCACGUUUUCUCGUUAAUUUUAUUACUACAACAUUAUUUUUAUUGUGUAACGAGGAAAAUAUAUAUAUUGAAACAUUUACUUGUAUAUUAUUUUCCCCAUGGACAUUAUUUACGUUACGGAAUAUUUAUUGUGUUUGGUACGGAACGGUUAGAUAUUCGGUAUGACAGACCGACGGAUCGAUUGGUCGUGUCGUGUAGAGAAUAUUUAAGAUAGAGUGAAGUUUAGAAAUUAGUCUAUGGUUUGGUUAUGGUUUAUUAGUUUUGUAAGCUUACCCGUUUUUGUGAAUUGUGAUUUGUGAUAAAAGUUUGAUAUAGAAGUAAAAACGAAUAAAAGUGUGCAAUUACUUAAUUAAGGAGUGCCGAAGAGUGGAAGUGGACUGCUAUAUAAACCGUUAUUAGCAUCAAGCACAAUGCAAGAUUCACAGAAGAUUUAAAAAUAAAAUAUAUCGGUAGCUCGCAUUGCGUUCAAAAUGGACUUUCUGCUUUCCACAUUACAAUUGCGCCUAGAAAGGCUAGCGGAAGCGUUAAAGGGAGCCGCCGAGGCCCUUAACAGCAUUGAGACUGGUGUUGCAAAGGACAGGGUAAUUGCCAUAAGAAUUAACGUUAAGAAUAGAUUGUCAUUGCUCACAUCAGAUUUAGACAGAUAUUUGUCUGGGGCGACGGACAUAAAAGAAGAUUUCUGCAAUGAAUGCCGGGAUAUGCAAAUAAAAGCCGAGGACACCCUGACCGAACUAGAAGUCGCGGUAAAAUUAUACUGCCCUGAAGUAGAAAAUGGUCAUAGAACGCGUCUGCCUAAAUUAGAGCUAGGGAAAUAUAAUGGUGACAUCCUAAAAUGGAACACUUUUUGGGAUAAAUUCGCGGCAAAUGUUGAUAGUAAGGACAUUGCCAACGUUGAGAAGCUUUCAUACUUACUAGCCUCAUUAGAGGGACCAGCCCUACAAGCAGUUGAGGGUCUGGAAACGACUAACAUGAAUUACCCGAUUGCGGUAGACAUUCUCAAUAGCCGCUUUGGUAAACCUACAAAGGUCAUUGAUGCUCACAACGAUGCUUUGCAAAAUCUUGCUGUGGCGAAGGAUUCACCCGAAGAUUGUAGGCGCACUCUGAAUAUGAUAGAGAAGCAUCUGAGGGUAUUAGAGGCUUUAGGGGAGAAAGUGGAUGCUAGUUACCUUAGAGUUAUCAUACUUAAUAAAUUUCCAUCAAGAGUGGUAUACCAAGUGUGGCUUUCGUCAACCGAUGAUUCCUUUGCUGCAAUCCGGAAGGCUUUGGAUGCCGUAAUAACAGCUAUGGAGAGUUCAGCUGUUACAAACAUGGAGAGUUCUGUGGUUCCAGUAAAGUCCAGUGACAUAACGGAGAUGAGUACACCUGCUUCUACAGCAACACUACAAAUUGGAGCUGUAAAGAAAAGGAAAUGGCAACAGAAAAGGGAAGCAAUUUCAACUCAACCUAACCGGAAACGCCCUAAGAGAAUGUGCAUAUUUUGCAAUGAAGAACAUUACAGCGAGGAUUGUACCAAAUUUAACACAUAUAAGGAGAGGAUUGGGAAGCUUAAAGAUAGGUGUUAUGUGUGCUUCCAAAUAGGACACCGUGCCUCCAAGUGUACCAGAAGGAGGAAAUGUGUACAUUGCUCUAGGAUGCAUAAUAGAGCCCUUUGCCGGCAGAAGGUGCAGAGGGACAGCAGUAACCCAAGUAAAGACAACGGAGGGGAGAAGUCUGAGCAUUAGGCUUUUACUUGAUUGUGGAAGUCAACGAUCUUACAUUACAAAUAGAAUAGCAAAAUUAUUACGAAUCAAACCUGAUGGAGAAGAUUGUUUGAUGAUUUAUACAUUUGGAUCAGAGAAGCCCAGAGAAAUGUCAUGCCCAUAUGCAACAGUAACUGUAGUGAGUAAACGUAAUGUUGAAAGAUUGAUUAGAGUGAAUAUAGUCCCAUACAUCACCGCAGAGAUACCUAUGGCUAAGGUAGAGUCACCAAUGAUAGAUAUCUUGGCUGAUGACGCUUCUACCGGUGAAGGCAUUGAUAUGUUGAUUGGAAAUGAUUUAUACUUUUCAUUUAUCAGAAAGAGUGUUGAUUUGGGAAAUAAUACCUUUCUUGUGGAUUCUGAUUUUGGUUGGUUCCUCGCAGGAAGUGCUACUAACAGCAGGGAAGGGGAGACUCUAUCAGUGGCUACAUAUUGCCAGUGCCAUGAAAUCAAUCAAGACUUUUUUACAGAACCAGAUCUUCCUCUGCGUACCAUAGAUGUCAAAUUUUUAUGGUCACUUGAGAGCAUCGGGAUAUGUGAUUCUCCAAAAACUACAUGUGAGGAAGAAGCCGUCCAGCACUUUAACAAGACUGUCAAAUACAGUGAAGGAAGGUAUCAGGUCAAGUGGCCGUGGAUAGAGUAUCCACCAAAAUUGCCUACUAACUUUGGACU